AUAUAGCUGAGCAUGUAUAUUGAAAGACUAUUGCAACAGAAGCAGCAAAAUCAUGUUGUUAAAAACAUUAAUUUGUGUAGUACUUAUACAAAUUGCAAUUACAUGGGGUUACCCGCAAAAAUUUAUGAUAAAAAACAAAAAAACGGGAAUGGUUUUGGAUGGGGCAAAAAAGGAUAUAGCCAUAGGUCAGUGGAAAAAUAGAAACACCCAAAUAUGGACAUUGGAAGGAAGCGACACACCUGGACACUAUAUAGUUCGUAAUAUUGGAAACCAGAAGGUUCUCGAUGCAUGUCCUGUAACCAGAGCCAUUUUCACUUGGUCUAAACAUGGUGGACGUAACCAAAGAUGGAAAUUAAAUGCGAACGACGACACAAGAAUUCAGGUUGAAUUCUACCCAAACGAUUUUAUGGUCCACAAAGGUAACAAAGUAAAACUUCAGGGCUCUAAGGAGGGCGACGACAGCGACAUCUGGUUGUUAGUCGAGCCCCAAUCAGUUCCAACAGUUUAGAAGCAUAUGGAUGUGCGUUUUAUUUAAAAUGUACCUAUACCAUUAAUAAAUAUAUAUUAAAGUUUAA